AUGGCGGCGCUGGCCGUCCCGUCGUCCGCGCUGCCGCUGCUGCUGCUGUGCGCGGCGUCCUGGCCGCCCGCCGCCGCGACGGGCGAGGAGUUCUGGCCGGGCCAGUCGGCGGCCGGCCUGCUCUCGGGGGUGGCGGCCCGCAGGCGCUACCUCCUGUACGACGUGAACCCGCCCGAGGGCUUCAACCUGCGCCGGGACGUCUACAUCCGAGUGGCCUCGCUGCUGAAGACGCUGCUGAAGGCGGAGGAGGAGUGGGCGCUGGUGCUGCCGCCCUGGGGCCGCCUCUACCACUGGCAGAGCCCAGACAUCCGCCAGGUCCGCAUCCCCUGGGCCGACUUCUUCGACCUGCCCAGCCUGGGCCGGAACAUCCCCGUCCUGGAGUACGAACAGUUCAUCGCAGAGUCGGGCGGGCCCUUCAUCGAUCAGGUGUUCGUACUCCAGGGCUACUCCGAAGGCUGGAAGGAAGGAGCCUGGGAGGAGAAGUUCGACCCCCGGCCCUGCAUCGACCCGCCUCUGUACUCGCAGGACAAGCACCAGUACUACAGAGGCUGGUUUUGGGGCUACGAAGAGACGAGGGGCCUGAAUGUCUCCUGCCUGUCGGUCCAGGGGUCUGCGUCCAUCAUCGCCCCCUUGCUCCUGAGAAACACAUCCGCACGGUCAGUGAUGCUGGACCGGGCGGAGAACCUGCUCCAUGACCACUAUGGCGGCAAAGAGUACUGGGAUACCCGGCGCAGCAUGGUGUUCGCCAAGCACUUGCGGGCUGUGGGAGAUGAGUUCCGGAGUCGCUUCCUCAACUCCUCUGACCUGGCAGACAGCGUCCCCUUCCAGGAGGACUGGACCCAGAUGAAGGUCCAGCUGGGCUCGGCGCGGGGAGGCCCGUACCUGGGUGUCCACCUGCGGCGGAAGGACUUCAUCUGGGGCCACAGGAAGGAUGUGCCCAGCUUGGUGGGCGCCGUGAAACAGAUCCACCACCUCCUGAGGACGUACGGGCUGAGCCAAGUGUUCGUGGCCACGGACGCCAUCCCACACGGUACCCGCCUGGUACCCCACGCCCGUGUCUUCCCCGUCCUACCCACGCCCAGGGUCCCUGCUCAGCACCCCUUCCCCCUUCCUGCAGAGGUGGAGGAGCUGAGGCGGUUGCUGCCCGAGAUGGUGCGGUUCGAGCCCACGUGGGGCGAGCUGGAGCUGUAUAAGGACGGCGGCGUGGCCAUCAUCGACCAGUGGGUCUGCGCCCACGCCAGGGUCUUCAUCGGCACCUCGCUGUCCACCUUCUCCUUCCGGAUCCACGAGGAGCGGGAGAUCCUGGGCUUCGACCCUAAGACCACAUACAACCGUUUCUGUGGGGACCAGGAGGACGCGUGCGAGCAGCCCACGCACUGGAAGGUCGUGUACUGAUGACCUAGCCGCAUACAGGCCGGGCCCGUGAGAGUCCCGGAGUGCUACGAGGUACAGGCCAGACCAGCAUGAGCCCUGGAGCGCUGCAGAGCCCUGGCUUGCUUGCUGCGCAAGUACUAAGGGCCAAGGCCCUCCUCCCCAACCGUGUGUGGCAGCUGGCAUGUUUGCAGGAGGCCCGGGACUGACUCCACACAGGGCAGAUGGGCCUGGCCACCCCUUGAUCGAGACGCUGACUCAAACACGGCUCUUUGGGCAGAGGACGAGGUGCUGCCCGACAGAGCCACGCCAACUAUCAUGGCUGCCCUGGGGAGACUGGGCACUGGGAAUAUUUAUUCUCCUUUUGUACAAAUGCCAAUACACCCAUUUUCGAGGAA